AUGCACGAAACUGUUAACACAAUAAAAUUUAAUCGUAAAACUUUAGAAAUCUUUCCACCUUUUUCAAUAAUACUUCCGGAACCAACAAAUUUACAACCAGUACCAAAAAUACCUAAGGAACAUUUAACUUCUCAACAAUUACUUUCGCUACGUUUAUACUGGCAAUAUUCUGAUAGCCGAAUUUUGCAAAUAUAUGACUAUGUUUCAUUCCAAACAUUUCGAUUGCUAAAUAAAAAAGGACUUAAAAGAAAAGUUAGCUUACAUAUUUCAUCAUCUGGUAAAAUUUUUAGGCCACGGCAAGUGAAUUUAAAAACCCAAACAACAUCAGCAGUCGGUAAAUCUAGUAAGAUAAACCAACCAAUAUUAGUGGAAGAUUAUGUGACUGCAAAAUUUUUGGAAGAUGUCAAACAUGGUUUCAAAAUGGAUCCACCUCCAACAGAACCUGUAGAUUUAUUUCCACAUGCACCGAAAAAGAGAGGUGCUGAUAAAAAAGAUAAAAAGGAUAAAAAAGAUAAGAAAGACGGCAAAGACAAAAAAGAGAAACAAGAUAAAACAGACAAAAAGGGAAAAAAGAAAAAAUAA